CAAUGUUCGUAUGAAUUAUUAUGCAGCUUACUCCACCCCAUGUCUUCCCCCUUUCGUGCUCGCUAGUCCUUCCAUGGCUGAAGUGAGCAUAUUCAUGGGCAGUUUUUCCUCGGAAGUUUGAAGAAGGUUGACCAGCCAGGUAUUUUGCCACGGACUUUUCCAGAAAAUAUUUUCAUUUUAAAUAUCUUCUUGAUUCUCAAAAACUCAACUUGCACCCUUCAGUCUUAAAAUACUACAACCAUGGCUGCCGCAGACGUUGCAACCCCACGCACGGAGACCCCAAGUCUUCCAGAUUAUGUCCUCGAUCCAAACGCAGUCCUAAAGGAUACCGCAAACUGGCGAUACGGCCAACCUCCAGAUUACACAAACACCCGCAGAGUCUUCGCUCAAUGUAGUUCUUCCUCUCCUUACCUCCUCUCUUCUUCCCCAUCAUCAUCUACCAUUCUUCCCUAACCUUCCCAGCCAAAACCCAAACCCACAUCUCAGGCUCCCUCCCCUCUUUAGUCGAGAACCUCGUCAAAAACUGGGAAAUCGAAGCCUCAUUCAAGCCCAGCAUAAGCGACUGGCGCACCAUCGAUCACGCAAACUACACCUUCGCCAUCAAUGGCGGACCACCGCAAUCCGCAGAACAUAUGUUGAAAGUGGGGACUUAUAACGCUAUUAUUGCCCCGAAUGAGUUUUAUAGUCCUGAGAACUCGGAUUUCGCAAGUAGUCAUAAGACGUUUAAGAGGAUGAUGCCUACGUUCGCCUGGGAGGUUAUGGAGGUUUACUCCGGGCCGCCGGUUGUGAGUUUUAAGGUGAGUGGUAGAAUUUCGACUGUCUUGGGUGUCUUAUGAAGGUCUUGGUGAGAGGUUGCGGUUUUGCUCCGGCUUGUCGGGAGGGAUAUAUAGCUAUAGCUGGGAAGUGUUCGCAGCUAUUCGUGCACCUGGAUUGAUCACGGGAAGGCUUUGGAUAUUCUCAUGGCAACCUGGAAGCAAAUUGAAAAACUUCCACUGCUCAACUCGCUCAUCGACUCCGAUGCUACGAGUAAUCCUUCAAACCCGUUUCUAACACAAAAAUAGUGGCGCCAUUGGGGCACAAUGAAAAACGCCUACGUAGGCUUCAACGAGUACGUCAAUCUCCCUCCCCAAUCCUUUCCCCAUAAAAGUCCUCACAACCCCCCAGCAAAGGUGAAAAAGUCACAGCCCCAGCUCACGGCGGACCAAUCGAUAUCCAAGGCGUAACAGUGGCCAAAGUCGACGCACAGCUUCGUCUUCAGAGUGUGGAAACUUGGUUCGAUCCUUUAGAGAUGUUUCGGCAGAUUGCGCCGAAUGGAAUUGUGAAUAAGGUUGUUGUGAAGCCGAAGGAGGGUGUCGAUCUUUCGGGGAGACUUGAUGAUGAUGAACAGGAACAGAAGGGAGUUUUGGAAGCUGGGAGCGCGGUUGUGGAGGGUGAGGGGAGUGUGGCGACUGCUGAGGCGCAUGCGGAAAUGGGGAGGGUGGUGGGAGGAGAAUGUCCGUUUAUGAAUAAGGAGUGA